GCGGGCGGCAGCUCCCCCGGAAAGGCGGGGCGUCGCGUCGGGUUGGUGACGUGCGGGCGUCGCGCAUGCGGGCCUUCCUUUUCUGGGUGGCAGCGAGAGAGGCAGCACCAUGAAGGCGUCGGGCACCCUGAGGGAGUACAAAGUUGUUGGGAGAUGCCUCCCCACUCCUAAGUGCCCAACACCACCUCUCUAUCGUAUGCGCAUCUUUGCUCCUAAUCAUGUUGUUGCAAAGUCCCGUUUCUGGUACUUUGUCUCUCAGCUGAAGAAGAUGAAGAAAUCUUCUGGGGAAAUUGUGUACUGUGGACAGGUUUUUGAGAAGUCUCCGUUGAAGGUGAAAAAUUUCGGUAUCUGGCUGCGCUAUGAUUCUCGUAGUGGAACUCAUAACAUGUACAGGGAGUACAGGGAUUUGACAACUGCUGGAGCUGUUACACAGUGCUAUCGCGAUAUGGGAGCCCGUCAUAGAGCUCGUGCUCACUCAAUUCAGAUCAUGAAAGUUGAAGAGAUCGCUGCUAACAAGUGCCGCAGACCAGCUGUCAAGCAGUUCCAUGAUUCCAAAAUCAAGUUCCCUCUGCCACAUAGAGUUCUGCGUCGUCAACAUAAGCCGCGCUUCACCACCAAGAGACCAAACACGUUCUUCUAAAUGCAGAUUUGGUUCAUUUGCUCUGAGUUUCAAUAAAGUUCUUUUUGAACUUCUGA